AUGUUCUUCCCAUCUACCCUACUCCUAUCGACCUUCGUCUGGGAUUCUAUCUCAGCUCAAGGAGUCAACUUCUCCUUUGAGAACAUAACAUUGAGCGAUGCUGACGUUGAAAAUGACCCGAGCAUAGCCUUUGGUGACUUAUCGAGCCCUUCAGCCAUCCCUACAUCGAAUGGCUGCAAAGUCUUCCCCGGGGAUAAGCAAUGGCCAAGUUAUGAGAAAUGGAGGAACUUCAAUCACAGCCUGGGUGGCGCUCUGAUCAAAGGACUUCCUCCUGCUAUUGUCUGUUAUACUGGAACCUACAAUACAGCGGAAUGCGCGGCAGUGGUAUCACAAUAUUUUAAUGGAUCGUUGAUUACCGACAAUCCUGUUAGAAUUGAGAAUGAAUGGCUAGAUGGAGAUUCAUGUCCAGCACAAGCCUACGACAAUGUUCCAGGAGGGAACACAACCAAUCCAACUUGCGAUGUGGCAGCAUAUCCUGCAUAUGUCAUCAAUGUUACGACUGUCAAGCAGAUACAAUUAGCAGUGAACUUUGCUCGAAAUUCUGGGAUUCGCCUUAUCAUCAAAAACACGGGUCAUAAUCUUCGCGGCCAGUCAGCAGGAGCAGGUUCUUUGAGUGUUUGGACACAUCAUUUGAAAGAUUUUGAUUUCUUGCCAUCAUUCUCCAUUAGCAACUUUUCAAGUAGAGCAGCUAGAGUUGCCGUUGGUCUCCAGAGUUCCGAUCUUGCAGCAGCUGCACUCGAGGCAAAUGUCACCCUAGUGAUACCAGGUGGCGUUACAGUUGGUGGCGUAGGUGGUUGGUUCAUGGGCGGAGGCCAUGGUUUUCACACUUCAAAAUUGGGUCUUGGUGCGGACCAAGUUUUGUCUCUUAAUUUGGUCACUGCAGAUGGACACUUCAUAGUCGCUGAUCCAAACAUUAAUACGGACCUCUUCUGGGCGCUGCGAGGUGGCGGCGGGAGUACUUGGGGAAUUGUCACCUCGGUGAUUGUGAAAGCCUACGAUAUAUCAAAUACCGCAGUUGUCUCCCAUCCAAUUACGGUCUCCAACGGCAACCUCACAGGGAUCACUUCCACCACGAAUGGGUCCUUCUGGGCGGCCAUUCGCACAUAUCUUCAAUUUGUCCCAAAAAUAUGCGAUGCAGGAGGUGUCGGAUUCAACUUCCUAUACAAUUACGGGGACGCAUUAUUGGAAUUCACGGUGCUCUUGCUCAUGCCAGGAAUGACAGUCCCUCAAGCGGAUGCCUUCGCUCAGCCUCUCUAUCAAGCCUUCCAAGAAGAAGGCAUAAACAUCACGGACCCAAACGUUGUGUCAAAGCGAUCAAUGUUCUCAGCAGAGCCAUCCUUGGUUAAUUCAGCACCAAUCGCAUACCCAUCUCGCGGUGCAGGAGCUAUGAACUUGCGCCUCGCUAGCCGUCUCUUUCCACGAAAGAAUUUGGAAGACCCAACUCUCCUCAAUGCAACAUUUAACGCGAUCUAUACCGCUGUGGUAGAGGGCGGCUAUACACUCCACAGUGCAAAUCACUGCCCCACUCUAGCAGUAGCCGGCUACCCAGAUGAUGCAGUGCUUCCUGCUUAUCGUGAGACUGCAAUGCACGCACAAUUAUGGGAUGACGGAUAUGCAAUUGGUCCCGUUAAGCUUCAGGCACAGAGGUAUAAGCGCUUGGCUAGCUAUUUCAAACUGUGGAAAGACGUAAGCCCAGGUGCGGGAUCUUAUAUGGGCGAGGCUGACCCUGCGGAGUUGGACUGGCAGUCAGCUUUUUACGGGACUAAUUAUCCGCGUUUACUUUCCAUCAAGAACAAGUGGGAUCCGUGGGGCCUCUUCUGGGCAAAAACAGCGGUGGGAAGCGAGGGCUGGGAGGUAUCAACACCGUUUCCGCGAAAAGUACCUACGCAAAAUAGAGAACCGAAAUGA